UCACUGAAGAGACAUAUGUUUUUCCUUUCGUUAUUACAAAAUAUAAAUGCAUAUUUGAAUAAUUGUAGUAAAAAUCGUAUAAAUAUAGCACCGAGUACUCCCAAGCAAGGCUUUAAUAUGACCUUAUGAAAUAACAAUAAAUUGAGUAUUACAUAUGCAAGUAUGGAUAACGAGCAAAGCACAAAGAAGCCGAGACUUGAAAAGGUUCCUACUGUGAGUGAGGGAAAGGCACAAAUAUUGGUAACAAAUGAAAGAGUGUUUUAUAAUCCCGUUCAAGAAUUCAAUAGAGACCUUAGUAUAGCAGUACUAACGAUAUUUGCAAAGGAUUUUAACGAAGAAGUGCUGCAGAAAAACAAGUUAAAGAAUGCUAAUAAAAGUAUAUCGCAUGAUGCCGAAAAUCAAAGAGGAAUUACUAUAUUGGAAGCUUUAUCUGCAACUGGCUUGCGUAGUAUAAGAUAUGCCAAGGAAGUAGAAGGUGUCCAGCAGAUUGUUGCAAAUGACAUCUCUGCGAAAGCGGUAGAUAGUAUCAAGCAGAAUGUUUUACAUAACGGAGUUGAAAAUUUGGUAACUCCUUAUCAUGAAGACGCAACGCUAUUGAUGUAUCAACGUAGAAAAAAUCGAUUCGACGCGGUAGAUUUAGAUCCCUACGGUUGUCCCUCGAUGUACCUGGAUAGUGCGGUGCAGUGUGUAUCCGAUGGUGGCAUACUUCUGGUUACCGCUACUGAUAUGGCCAUUUUGGCUGGCAAUGUUCCGGAAACUUGUUACUACAAAUAUGGAGCAAUAUCCAUAAAGUCAAAAUCUUGUCAUGAGAUAGCAUUGAGAAUAUUACUGCAAUGCAUCGCGUCUUAUGCAGGCCGUUACGGACGAUACAUAGUACCAUUAUUGUCUAUAAGCGUUGAUUUUUAUAUAAGAGUAUUUGUCAAGGUUUUCACAAGUCAUGACAAGUGCAAAGAGAACUCCAAUAAGAUAGGAAUGCUCUAUCAAUGUAACGGAUGCGAGAGUAUGAAUUUUCAACCAUUAUUAACGAGGAAGGCUUCCAAGAAUUAUAAAUUGCCAAAUGCACCCGUAAUAGAUCAAUUGUGUAAACAUUGUCAACAUAGGCAACAUAUGGGAGGUCCAAUAUGGCUAGGUCCUUUACAUGAUCAUGAAUUUGUGUCGCGAUUAUUGUGUAACUUGAACAGCAUGGAGUUGGGUACAUUGAAAAGAAUGGAGGGCGUCCUGACCGUGAUACAUGAGGAACUGGACAUUCCUUUGUAUUAUAAUCUAGAUCGCUUGAUGUCUAUAGUUAAGUGUCACGUUCCACCAAUGUUAAUGUUUAGGUCAGCAUUAUUAAACGCGGGAUACAAAGUGUCGUACUCACAUGCGAGUAAGAUAUCUAUUAAGACAAAUGCGCCAAAUGAUGUUAUAUGGGAUAUCGUGCGUGCUUGGGAGAAGGAUCAUUCAGUAAAACGGGAGAAAUUGGCUGAGGAUAGCCCCGCCGCGCGGAUACUUAAUACAUCGUCUACGACGGACAUCUCGCUCGCUAUGCAUCCUCUUGCCAAUCCGAUUUCUCGGCAAAAGCAUUUGUCUCGUUUUCAACAGAAUCCCACUGUAAAUUGGGGACCUGGCGUUCGUUCGAGAACUAGAGUUGAUCUUGAAGAUAAAGCGGAUGAUUCGAAAAAAGUGAGAAAUCAAAAUAAAAACAUUAAAAGAAAAUCAGCUAUGGUGGAAAAGCAGAUAGUACAAUAAUAAACGCAAAGAGUAUCCCGUGAUUUAUGCUCGAUGUAUUUUGAUAUUUUGAAUAAUUUUUCUGAAUUAAUGUACAUUAAAAGUAGAAAA